UGGUACGACUUAAAAAAAGCUGCUGAAUUGAAAGUAGGUGAUGGAAGUUUAAUCUUGUAAACAUGCUUAUCUCCUAUUAGCUUCCGUGAAAAUGGAGAUUGCAUAAUUCACAAAAGACAAUUAUUAGGGAAUGGCGGAGAUUUUUCACGGAUUUGAGUUACUGCUGCUGAAGAAAUUUGAUAAGCAUCCUGAACAAUGGCGAGAUUUGAAGCAAAAAUUAUCAAACAAAAGCAACGACGACCUGCAGGAAUCGUACAGCUACGUGGAUCUACUCAUGUUGGGGAACAUUCCUCAGAGCAUGUGGUUCCUGUCAGUGGCUCUCCACAACAGACCCAAGUACCUCCUACAACUCAUACUACAGGAUCUGGAGAGAGAGAGGACAGGGAAUGUCCGACGACCAGGAGAAACUUUACUCAAGACGUACAUGAAUACCUACAAUUUCACAGAAUUUCAUUUGGAUAGCAUUUUCAAAUAUGGUGAAGACAACACUUUGCCCAAAGAGAUUUUCAAAUGUCCCAAUGUUAAGCUGUUGUCCCUUAAAUACAACUGUCUGGAUAAAAUCCCUGUAGAUAUUGGAAGAAUGAAGAACCUGCGAUUUUUAGCUUUGACCAACAACAAAUUACAAGUGCAAUCUAUUCCUUAUUCUCUGACUUUUUGUCGCAAAUUAAAAACGAUUAUGUUGGACAAUAAUCUCCUGGAUGCCCUACCAGGAUUUCUGCUGAAAAUGCCAGCCAUUAGGACUGUUCAUCGUCAUGGCAAUCACAACUAUUUUAAAUCCACAUUUAUGUGGUACCAUACAGAUGUCGGUUACCGAAUCAUCCCUUCUGAAGGUGCUCAUAUUGACUCUGAGAGAAAUCCAAAGCCUCUCCAAUUCUGGGCGGCUAAAACUGUGAUCGGAAUGAAGAUUGACUUCUUUGAAGAUCCCAAUUUUUCUGUGAUAUUGCAAGAUUACUUGUCAGAAAUCUACCACCUGUUUAAGGUGUGUCAUUAUUGUAGCGGUGCCUCAUUUCGUUACCAACCAGGUUACAAAGUUAUCACAUUUAAAAACCCCUACCUAGGAAAUACCUGUGUUCCUUUUCAACACUGGGCCUGCUCAAUCAAGUGUGCUGUUGCUCUGGAGGUGCCAGCCCGCCAGGAACAGAUUGCUGCCGCAACUCGUCUAGACGACUUGUACGAGGAAUACAUUGAAGAAUGUCAGACCAUGUUCUCUGAUGUCCAAGCCAGACACAGUGCCUUGUGUGGCUGCAUUUGUACAUCUCCACCCCCUACGAUCCGCUCCCCUCCUACCACAACAAACCAUUCUAAUAGGAUUUGUGUAGUGUCAUAGAAAGGGACUGUUUAUCAAAUUAUUGUGAGGAUGAUGUUCAGUGAUUUUAUAUGGCUUUUUAUUCUGUUGAAGUCUCCUCCUCUAGUUGAGACUCCUAUUAGUUUCCACUCCUGCCAGUAAUUAAUUAACACCCAAACAUAAUGAGUCUUAAUGAUACUUGGUAAUAUGGUGUUGAUCAUUAGACCUCUUCCAUAGUGUCCAUCAUACAUAAAAUUAAUGAAACCUUUUCUGUUGUUUUAACAAAUGAUUAACUGAUAAGUAUAUGGUAUAUAUGCAGGUAGCUUAUUGUGUAUUGUGGUAGUUGCUGAGCAACUUUAGUUCACUUGCCUUAUUAAAUUAUUAGAGCCAAAGGCUCAACUGAGCUUUUCUGAUCAAAAUUUGUCCACCAUUUUAACAUCUAUAAACUAACUUCUAUUCCUGAAACAUGGGGACGACUGCAACUAAAAUUUCAAAGGCAUCAUUAGGUUUUUUUAACAAAAAAAACCACUUUGGAACCAUACCACUGUGUAGCCUAAUCCACACAAGUGUUAUUCAUCUGAUUCAAAGUGAUGCUCAAUUUCAGUAGGAUAUAUUAUAAUGAGGAGUGGUGAAAAUGGGGGUCAUUCCUCCUCAGUGCCACUGGGCCAGGAAAGUGAAACUUCAAGUUCAAACCAAUGACUCUCGCAGGGCUACAGAUGAACCAUAACAUAAUUAAGAAUACAUAUAUGUGUGUAUACAGGAAAUAUCUUUUAAAAUGUCUUUGAGGACAGCAAGCACCCACAUAUUUUGUAGAAUUUUUUUAAAAGCAUGUUCAGAUCAUGCUCCCUGGGUCUAGAAUGGUUAGAAAAUGAAAGUUUUUUGCAUAAGAGACUCCAUUUAAACAAUUUCUGAAGUUAACAUGCAAAUGUCUUCCUAUUGUAUUUAUUCUAUAUUAAUCAAAUUAUGGCCAUGGCUAAUAAUAGAACACAAUAAUUAAAGCAUCUAAAGUUUAUGACAUUCUGUGUGUACAAAUGUAACUAAGUUGAUUGGAGAUAAUUAGGAAUCAGGUGAGCAUUGUGGACCAUGGGUCUAUUGUCUGAAUGAUUCUGAACUGUUAUAAAAUGGGCUGUGCCUAUGUUUAUCUUUAUGUAUAUAAUGCAUGAAUAUUUUUGUUGAUCCAUAGAUUUUACUCUUUAUUUUUCAAGGACCAUUUAUAAACAUGUCACCUCUGUGCCUUUGAAUUUUGAAAUGAAAUCAAAACAGUUUUUUUUUAUAAUGAUGAUGUAUAUGAUACAUCCAAGGAAUUCUUUAUUCGAUUUUCUGGAUUUAAAAAAAGUGCGCAUUUUCUAUAGCUUUUUGGAAAUUGAUGUUUCUGUUUCAUUAUUUGUUUGAACCCUGUAAAUUGCCCAUCAGUCUGAGGUUAAACCUCAUCUAGGGAUGGACUUUGUCUGCUGCCUGAUCCCUAAUAAUAUAUCUAUAUAUAUGCAUGUAUAUCAUGAAAUAUUUUUUAAAUUAAGAUGACUUUGAUAGUUGUUUUUUUUUUUUUUUUAGUAUGACAUGAAUGGGUUGUAUUAAAUUUUCAUAACUAUUUUCAGAUUAUGUCAUUAACUCUUUAGUAAUGACAUCCAUUUAAAAAAACCAAUCCAAAAUCACCCCUUUCUCUCCACCAUAAACCUUUAUACAUGUAUGUGAUGCCACAUGUAGCUAAUUCUGUAGAUCUGCAACAGCCAUUUAAAUUGUCUGGUAGGCUAACUUUUAAAAGAGAAUUCAUAGAUGUGCACUACACUUCAAUUUUACCAUAUAAGGGAUAUUUGAACUAGUAGUAGUAAUCAAAUCUAAUAUAAAAUAAGAUACUUUAUGUAUGUAUUUUGGUUCUUGUGUACGUUUUUAAGUUGAUAAAUUGCAUUUUUGGGAAAACUUUUGUUGUAUAAUUUGUCAUUUUAAUUGCCUUAAUGUCUGAUAUACAUGUAUGAUGAAUUAAGGUGGCUCAUUGCACCAAAAUUUUAUUAAUGGUUCGUUUAAGUAUGUCAUAUGAAGUAUGAUAUUUUACCAUCGAAAAUGUGCAUGAUAUACAUGUACAAGCUCUCAAUUAUUUUAUAUGAACAUUUUGUGAUUUUUUUCCCCCGGAAUAAUAAAAAAGGUAGAGGUUUUGGAGACCAAAUUUCACUGCGAUUUGAUGCAUGAUAUGAAUAUCUAAUAAAAUAUGCCUAAAAACUCAGAUAGAUGUGCUAUGUUUUUAAAUAAAAAAAUAUUUCUGAAAAUUAUUAAAAAAAAUUUUUUAACUCGGAUAGACGUUCUAGUUUUUUUUUUUAAUGAAAAAAUAUUUCUGAAAAUUAGAAACGUCAUUUGUUAAUAUUUUUUAAAAAUCUACGACUAACAUCUUCAAGAAACGUGUCAGUAAGAAAAAGGAUAUAUCAGACAAACGUUUUAAAAAGUAAUUAAAAUAAAAUGGCCAAAAUUCAGAAAUAUUCGUUUUUCAAAUUGAAGCCCAAUCAAAAUGAUAAAAAAAAUAGUCUUGGAGAACAUUGUAAUCAGAAAACUACAUAUCCUUGAUGUAAAAUGGUUUACAAAUUAUAAAUGAAUUUAUAAAGGAAAGUAAUUUCUUGAUGAAAAGUGCAUAAAAUUAGCAACAAUAUGAUCAUUUCAGUAAUAUCUAUCAAUUUUGAUCAGGAUCAAUACUUUUUUCUCUGGUUUGGUUCAAAUCUAAAAUUAAGAUAGUGAUAUUUCUGAAAUUUGGUUAUUUCAUUUCAAUUUCUUUUUAGAAUAUAAUUGUCUGAUUAUAAUUGUCUAGUCUAUCUUUUUUCCAAUGACAUGUUUCUUGAAGAUUUUGGCUGUAGAUUUAAAAUAAUUUAACAAAAAAAUGUUAAAAAAUUAGAACAUCUACAUGAGUUUUCUUUGCAGAUUUUAUUAGAUAUUUAUAUCAUACAUCAAAUCGAUGCUGUGAAGUUUUUAUUCUAAAAUCUCUUAUUUGCAAACAAAACACCAUUUUCAUCGUUUGGACAAAAAAAAAUCAUAUAAGGUAAUUUAGAGCUUAUAUCACUCUUUCAAUGGUGAAAUCAUACUUUAUAAGGUUUGCUUUAACGAGCCAUUAAAUAAAAUUUUAAAGUAAUGAGCCACCUUAAUCCGUUUUUGCACAAUAGUUUCCUAAAUCCGGUACAAAGGCAAUGAAAAGAGAUAUUCAAGUAGUUAUCUUUUCAUUUGUGCACUGUGUGAAUUUUAGACUUGCUCAGCCUCAGUGAGUUCACUCAACACCCCUCUAUUAGGUUACUCGGGUAUGAUAUGGAUAAUAUAUCAACUGUAUUGAAAAAUAUUAUUUUGAGUGACAUGUUUGUACAAAAUAAUUUUUACAAAAUGUACAACAAGACUAUAAUGUAAUUAACACUUUGAAUAUUUCACAAAUUGUCAAACUAUAUGUUGGAAAUUUUUAGAAAUAUUUAUAAUAUACAUUUGUAUUAUUGUAUUCCUUAACAAGCUUGCCAUAUGUCUGUAUGUCUGCUCAAAUUUUAAUUUUGAAACUUUUCAAUAGUACUAGUACAGUAUUUCAAGAAAAUCAGUAAAUUAUGACCCUUGACUAUUGAAGGUGUUGGAGAACAGGUAUGCUAAAUGUUAUCAUAACAUGUUACAUUUUCAAAAAGUAGUAUGUACUAACAAGAAUGAGACAUUAUGAAAAGUGCAACUGUUCUUUGACAAUGACUGAGUCUGUAGAUGUUGUUGAAUGUAUUUUUCUUAUCCUUUCUCUUUAUUUGAACAUUUUCUGUGUUAUCAUAAAUACUGUAGUGGAACAGGUUUAGUUUUUGUGAAUACUUUAGGAAAUCCAAUUUAUAUACAAUGAAUUAAUCCAUUUGAGUCAUACCUGUGUAUAAUUAUAAACAUUUGUCAAUUUGCCAAUAUUUUCAGAUUGCAACUCACUCCAAGUACAAAAUGGUUUUACGAAUAUUAUGGGGGGAAAAAAAUAACAAAAAUGUUUUGUAUGUGUUCUGCUCAUUUUACAUGUAUGUGGUAGGUAUGGUACGCAUGUAUUUGUAAAUUUUUCUUCAAUCCAAUUCUUGCAUGUUUAUGUAUACAUGUACAUCUUUAAAUUGUAAAAUAAUUUUCCUCUGCUUCGUGACACAAAGUUGCAGUGAAGCAUCAGAGAUAUGUGCAACUUCAAUUUCUUGUAAGCACAGUUUGUUAUCUCCAAUUAAUUAUCUAUUUUUCCAACCAAGGCACAGGAGAUGAAUAUCACAUAAUGGCAUUAAUUCACUAGAAAUAUGUUCAAGUGUAGUUUGUCAGGCAGUUCUCUGUUGAUGUCUCUGUACAGACUAAUACACUGAACUCACACUGACAGUACAAAUGUACUAAUUUUUUCCUGUAAAGAUUUUAUUAAUUUCCAGAGGCAUUGGGUCUAGUAUCUUGAUGACAUUUUAGUCUUUGGUUUGAUUAUAUGGUGUAUUCAUAUGGCUCUCCACAAUCAUACUGUGUACUCUGCUAUUCUAUACAUGUACUGUAUUAAUAAUGUAAAUUUAUUUGAUGGAUUACAUGAUCAAUUUAGACUGGUCUUUUAAAAUCUAGUCCUUAAACAUAAUAUGCUUUGUUAUUUGGUUUUUCCAAUAAUAAAAAAAAAAGAAGAAAAA